AUGGCCGUCAGCGGUGCUUACGCUGCUACCCAUAAGGCUGCUGCCUGUGUGUCCAACAGGAUGUCGUCGCCCGUAGGCGGAACCCCGUUCAGCCCAAGCUACAACUGGCAGACUACUUAUGAGGUUCUUACCGAUGCUACCAAGUGCGCUUGCGAUUAUUAUAAUGCGCGAGAUAAGGGUAGUGAGUGGUGGAACACAUGCCCUGAUUGUACUUUUGAUGGAACUAUAUGCACCUCGGCUGACGGCCACAUAGGUGGCGAUGAGUUUACUUACUACUGCGAAGACUUGUGUGGCGCUCAAGGUGCUGAGGCUGAUUAA